AUGGGAGCACAGUCGCAGGGCUCACAUGACCUUGUGGUGAGUCUUAACACCAUCGUGCUAUCUAAGCAGGCAGACAAGAGGGCACAUGUAGAAAGACCGAAAUGCUACUCCCUUCACCAUGGAAUCCUUCUCCUCACAGUGCUUGUCUUAGUCUUCUCUGGCUACGUAUUCCUGAGCCUCAGAAGCCAGAACUUGGGGCACCCAGGAGCUGUGACUAGGGCGGCCUAUCCCCAGCCAAGGGUGCUAAAACCCACUAGGAAAGAUGUUCUUGUCUUGACUCCUUGGCUGGCUCCCAUCAUCUGGGAGGGGACCUUCAACAUCGACAUACUGAAUGAGCAGUUCAGGCUUCGGAAUACCACGAUUGGACUGACUGUGUUUGCCAUCAAAAAGUAUGUAGUGUUCCUUAAGCUGUUUCUGGAGACAGCAGAGCAGCACUUCAUGGUGGGACACAAGGUCAUCUACUACGUCUUCACUGACCGGCCAGCUGAUGUGCCACAGGUUGCCUUGGGUGCAGGACGGCGGUUGGUGGUGCUAACUGUGCGCAACUAUACUCGAUGGCAGGAUGUGUCCAUGCACAGGAUGGAGAUGAUCAGUCACUUCUCAGAGCAGCGCUUUCUACAUGAGGUGGAUUACCUGGUGUGUGGAGAUGUGGACAUGAAGUUCAGUGACCACGUGGGUGUGGAGAUUCUCUCAACACUCUUUGGCACCCUGCAUCCUGGCUUCUACAGUAGCAGCCGGGAGGCCUUUACCUAUGAGCGACGGCCACAGUCCCAGGCCUACAUCCCCAGGGAUGAGGGUGACUUUUACUAUAUGGGAGCCUUCUUUGGGGGGUCAGUGCUAGAAGUGCACCAUCUCACCAAGGCCUGCCAUGAAGCUAUGGUGAAGGACCAGGCUAAUGGCAUUGAGGCCGUGUGGCAUGAUGAGAGUCAUUUGAACAAAUACCUGCUUUACCAUAAGCCUACAAAGGUGCUAUCCCCAGAGUAUGUGUGGGACCAGAAGCUGCUGGGCUGGCCCUCCAUUAUGAAGAAGCUGAGAUAUGUGGCUGUGCCCAAGAACCAUCAGGCAAUCAGGAACAGAUAGCUGAAUUCCUGUUGGAGAGGCCAGGCUGAUAGCCAGGUGGCACUCCAGGCUGUGCUGAAACUGAAAGUAUUUGAGAGAUGAUUGUCACCCUCUAUUCCACCUCAGAGUCGAGUAGGCCCAGUAUCACUUGAGCCCUGGAGUGGCAACCACCUUCAGCUCCACUGUGUCUCCCUAAGCUCCUUGUAUUGAGUGACAUGGUAGAUGGAGCCUUCAGAACAUGGAAAAACUCUUGUCAUAUAGUUAACUGAGGGCAUGUGCCUCUUCACUCAGGCUUGCUCCUUCCUCUGCUGGGAGGCUUGACAGAGGACCAGGCAGGAGGGCAGGGAGAGGCAGCCUGCAGUCCACAGAGGUGCUUAGCUCCUGUUCAGCUCAUUCGGAGCAGAUCAGCACCCUGUGCCAUAACCUCUGCUCAUUUUUGGUUUAUUUGGGAAUAGCUAGCUAUCCAUUCCUGGGAAUAAAUGCAUUUCUAGGUAAUGUAGGAAAUUUUUAGUUUCCUUCCCCCCCUUUUUUUUUUUGAGGUACUUGAGAUUGAACCUGGAUCCUCAUGAAUGCUAGUCAGGCAUGCUACCAUGGAGGUGCAUUCCCUUGACACUCUAUCUUAGAGACACAUACUGAUUGAACUUGCCGAGUGCUACAUCUACUCCGUUAUUUUUAUACUCUAGCCUUCAUUUAAAUUUUCCAAUAUAAAGGGAUUUUUACUUCCUUUCUUUUGUAGUGUUGGGAUCAGACUCAGUUCCCAGCCUUACAAUUUACAUUUUUUGGGGGUUGUGGUGGAGUAUUGUUGCUUGUUUUUUAUUGAUGCAGUCUCUAGUAGUUCAAGCUGGUUUCAGCCUUACUAUGACGGCCUUGAGCUCCUGUCCUGCCUCUGCCUCUGGAGUGCUGGGAUUAUGCAUGCCAUCACAUCUGCUGCUCUCAGUUUUCUAAAACCCCACUUAUCUUCUUCCAAGAUGGUUUCUGAGCACUGAAGUACUUUGUGUCUGUAUUUGAGAAUUUUGUUUUUCUGUGACAGGAUCCCUAUAUAUCUCUAGACUAGGAUGGCUUGGAACUCAAAGAGAUCCACUUCCCACUGCCUCUCACACACCUGACCAAUGUUUAGUGUAACUGUUUAUUGAUUCUUUGUGAAUUUCACAUCAUGCACCCCAAUCCCACUCAUCUCCCUGUCCUUCCAUUGUUAGCAUUUCUUUUAGGCUCUGCCACCGCUAGGUACAAGCCAGGAGCCAGGCAUAUAAGACCUCUCAUUACCUUUCUCUCCAUUUCUUCUCUCUCUUCCACAUGUCCCUGGCCAGACCUGUCCUUCAUUCUUCUCUCUGUCCUUCUCUGACCCCUCAUUUCUCUGCCUCUACCCCCUUUUCCAAGUCCCCUCCUGCCAAUAAAGCAAACUUCCUUUAUC